AUGGCCAUGCACGACUACGUGCAGAUGGAUCGACAUUUGGAGUCGUUCAUUAUCACGCAUCCCAUGGACAUUUACACACAAGUGAACGUAUUUGUCGAUGGCAUGUGUGAAGGGCAGGGUCGCCUAUCGCUGGAGCGCGCGGAGCCUGCCACGUUUAAAGAGGCUUUCGCUAUCGUUCUCCGUGAUGACUUAAGAGUCAUCAAAGCCUACACCAAGUCUUCAACUGUUACCGCUGUUAGAUCAGCGGGCCCGGAAUCCAUGGAGAUUGAUGUAUUUGAGUCGUCAGUUGAUCGACGACGUGAUACGUCCUACCAGAGCAACGUCUGUAGCGGAUGUCAGAUGAUUUGCUUUCGAUAUGAAAGCUGGGACAAUGCGCGGCUGAAUGCUGCGCUCCAGCACAAACUUUGGUGCAUGCGACGGACGCCCAUCAUUAGGGAAAUGCUCCGCCUACUCGUCCUAGACGGACGAGACGAGUAG